CUCCGGUUCUCCUCCUCCAGCAGCAGAAGCAGCAGCAGCAGCAGCAAACAUGGACCAGCAGCAGGACGUGUUCUCCGGUUUCCGAACCGCCUUCAAGUCCUUCGCCACGGAGGCGAUCCACGUGGGCCAGGAGCCGGAGCAGUGGAAGUCCAUGGCCGUGGUGCCGCCGAUCUCCCUGUCCACCACCUUCAAGCAGAACGGCCCGGGGAACCACGCUGGGUUUGAAUACAGCCGCAGUGGAAACCCGACCAGGAACUGCCUGGAGAAGGCCGUGGCAGCUCUGGAUGGAGCCAAGUACUCUCUUGCUCUGGCCUCAGGACUUGCAGCCACAGUCACAAUCACUCACAUGCUGAAGGCAGGAGAUGGAAUCGUCUGCAUGGACGACGUUUAUGGAGGCACCAACCGCUACUUCCAAAGAAUCGCAGCCACCAAUGGUCUGGAUGUGUCCUUUGUUGAUUGUACUAAACCUGAGCUGCUCAAGGCGGCUCUGAAGCCCAACACUAAACUGUUCUGGAUCGAGACGCCCACCAACCCCACCAUGAAGGUGGUGGACAUCAAGGCCUGCUCCGAUCUGGUGCACGAGCACGACAAGAACAUCGUGGUGGUGGUCGACAACACCUUCAUGUCGGCGUACUUCCAGCGCCCCCUGGCUCUGGGAGCUGAUAUCUGCAUGUACUCAGCCACCAAAUACAUGAACGGACACAGCGACGUGGUGAUGGGUCUGGUCUCCAUGAACAGAGAAGAUCUGAACGAGCGACUCAGGUUUCUGCAGAACGCGCUCGGAGGCGUCCCGUCUCCCUUCGACUGCUUCCUGGUGAACCGAGGCCUGAAGACGCUGCACCUCCGGAUGGAGCGCCACUUCAAGAACGGCAUGGCUGCUGCUAAGUUCCUGGAGGCCGACCCCCGGGUGGAGCGGGUCAUCUUCCCAGGUCUGCCGUCCCACCCUCAGCACGACGUGAUGAAGAAGCAGUGCACCGGCUGUCCAGGGAUGAUCACCUUCUACAUUAAAGGCAAACUGGAGCACGCCAGCGCCUUCCUCAGCAACCUCAAAAUGUUUGCGAUAGCUGAGAGUCUGGGAGGAUAUGAGAGUUUAGCAGAACAUCCGGCCAUUAUGACCCACGCGUCGGUGCCGGAGAACGAGAGGAAGAUUCUGGGCAUCAGCGACACCCUGAUCCGGCUCUCUGUGGGUCUGGAGGACGAGGCCGACAUCAUCGAGGACCUGGACCAGGCGCUGUCUGCUGCUCAUCCGAAGAAGAAGUGAAGCGUCUCCACGGUGACUCGAAGCCGAACCGGUGGAGCUGAAGCUGUCUCGGGUCUCAUCCUGUGAAUAAUUAACACAAUUUUUACAUGAAAAUCUCUUUUAAUGCCUUCGGUGGAACAACAUCUUAUUUAUCUGAUGCUGGUUUUUGCUCUUGUUUAUAUGUUUUAUAUGUUUCUGUCGUUGGAGGCUUUAAAAUGAAACUCGAUCCAGUUUCUGCAGGAAACAAAAAACACGACAUCGUCUGAAUUCUGUCGCUCUGAGAGCUGUGAUUCAGAGCUGUGGCGCGUCUCCACGGGUUCUCCUGAGAACACCUCUGAUAGUAAAGCUAGCUGAUUCAGUACAGAUGUGUUGAUAUCCAUCCACACACACCCGUCUGGCUUCACUGUCUCUCUGCUGUAUCUACGUUCUGGAGUUUCUGGACCUUAAAUGAGACUUUUGAAAACUCCACAGCUGGAUUUUAGUCUGAAUGAGCAGAAACAAUAACGCAGAAACACGUUUUUUUUACUUUCAGGUUUAGUUUUUACAAGAUUCUUUGCUCCUGCAGCCUUUUUUCUGGACCAUCAAAGGUCUGGUCGAUAUAGAAACUGAAGGGCGCCCCCUACAGCUGCCCUGGCUGGGCAGGCGACCCAUGAACAGGGCUAUGGUGGUCGUGGGUUCGACUCCCGCUCACGACCCUUUGCUGCAGGUCUCCUGUCUGUCUCUACUGCUGUAAAAAAUGAAAACAGGCUGUUUUUGCCGGCAGCUUUCCUGCAGUGAAGGAACCCUCUGGUGUUGCUGCUGUUGUAUUUUCUACAACUCAGCAGCCAAACCUCUGCAGGUGAAGCUUCCUGUGAUUUCAGUCCUUUUUAUUUGGUCAAACGGACCUAAACGCUCCUAAAAUUCUGUGUGGUUGCAGCCUCUGGAGCUACCAAAACUCAGACAAUUCAACAUCACGUCUUCCUCAAAUGAAGAACAAAAAAAAAAUCCCGACAGAAUCGUGUUUCAGCCGAAAACGAGGUUCGUCCGACUGAUUCUGCUUCGUUGUUCUUUGCAAAGAUGCAAAGUUUGAGACCAGUCAGGAUGUUUUCCAGCCACUGGGAGGGUUUGAAACGCACAGCAGCUGGUUCUGGCAGCACAUGAAGGUUUUUAUAGAAGUGUUGCUCAGGUUGAAGCCCGACGAGGAGCUUCAGGUGUAAAAUACGGUCCGGCUCAGAGGCUGGAACGUCUGAAAUCCUGUUUCUGGUCACAAACCAUCAGAUGUACAAAUCCAUUAAAAUCAGUUUGCAGUUAAA